AUGUACACGUGAAGCAACAGAAGAUACAUUAUCUCUAGUUCGUCUACUUCUUGAACAUCAUGCUAAUCCAAAUGCUGUAUGUAAUGGUCGAACAUUACCUUCACUCGCUAUCACUCUUGGAAAUGAACGUUUAGUUGAUUUACUUAUCAAUCAUGAAACAACAGAUCCAUCGACUUCACUCGGACUAGGAAAUGGAAAUGUAUUAUGUACUAUUUUAUCAACAGUUCAAGAAUCUCGAUGGACUUAUGCUAAACGAUUAGAAUUAGUAUGUAAAGAAUCGAUAAAAAAAAAUUUGCUUAAUUUAUAUUUUAUUUGUAUUUUAAAUUGA